AACAACAAAAAUAAUAUAGUAUUUAUGCAUUAUUCAUUUAUUUGCAAAACAAAAAUAAAUUGGCAAUAACUAAAAAGAAAAUUUAUUAUUUUAUUAAUAUCUAUGAUUGUUUAGCUGUAUUAUUACAGUUGUUUGAUCUCAUUUGAAUGUAAUACUACGAGGAUAUUUAAAGGACUCCUUUUAAAAAUAAAAUAAGAAUUAUGGCUUCAACGCAUGAGGAGCAACAACAACGUGUUUUAGUUAAAUGUGGCGGCUUUUCUACACAAUUGGCCAAUCAUGUUGGUGAACGUAUCGAUGGUGACCCAUUAUGGGGUUCACGUUUCGAUUUGGUUAAUCCUACUGCAGUCGUGCAAACACAUUUAGAUUUCUUAGAAAAUGGAGCACAAAUUAUUUUGUCCAACACUUAUCAGUCCAGCGUUGAAGGCUUCAUGAAACACUUAAAACUUUCCAAAGAAGAUUCCAUACAAUUAAUGCGUAAAAGUGUACAACUUGCCAAAGAAGCUCGUGAUAAAUAUAUUGAGAAAGUCGAAAAAGAAAAUGGCUCACUGGAAGCUGGACUACCAUUAAUAUUAGGUUCUGUAGGACCAUAUGGAGCUAUGCUACACGAUGGUUCAGAGUACAAUGGUUCGUACACUGAUAAAGUUUCCAAAGAGGAAAUACAGAACUGGCAUCGUAUUCGCAUUAAUGCUUUAUUGGCUGAAAAUGUAAAUGGCUUAGCUGUUGAAACUAUUCCGUGCCCCAAGGAAGCUGAGGCUGUAACACAAAUGAUUUUAAAUGAUUAUCCAAAUGUAAAAUUUUGGGUAUCAUUUCAAUGUAAAGAUGAAUUGCAUUUAGCUCAUGGUGAAAAUUUCGCCAAUGCUGCCAAAUCUAUAUGGGAUAUGGUCAAACAGGCAAAUGCCAGAGAGAGAAUCUUUGGCAUUGGGGUUAAUUGUGUUAACCCAAAGUUUGUGGCUCCUUUAUUCAAAUCAUUGCACGUUUUAUUAGAUGAUAAGGAUUUACCACCCUUAGUUGUGUAUAGUAAUCGUGGCGAAACAUAUGACUUGGAAAAGGAUGAAUGGGUUGACCAGGACAAAUGUGUGCCACUGGAGACAUAUGUACCCGAAUGGAUACGUUUAGGUGCCACUGUUAUUGGUGGCUGUUGUCGUGUCUAUCCAGCCGAUAUACUUAACAUACGCAAGUGCAUUGAUAGCUUGGGUAAUAAUAAUAUUUAAAUGUUUACUGCUUAUUGAUUUAAAAUUAAAUAAAAGAUAUGUAUAAUAUAACUUCAAAAA